AUUGGUAAUUGCGUAACACCAUUUCCAAGGGAAUAAAAUCCAUCGUUGUAAAAUUGGGUUGGUAUUAGCAAGUGAAUCGUUAUCAAGAGAAGACGUAGUUUAAUCUUGUGCUUACGAGAAGUAUAAAACCUAAAGGAAAAUCCAAAAUGCCACGACGUGGACGAGCAUCGGGUCCUCCACCGAGGACUGUAAGGCCAUCAUCGCCAUCAAGAUUCUCAGCACCGCCAACAAAAGCUGCAGCACCCCCAGCACAUGCACCAGCCUCAACACCAAUGGUUGCUCAACCAGCAGCCCAACAGCCAUCUCUUAUGGGACAAAUGGCUGCGACUGCUGGUGGAGUAGCCAUUGGCUCCGCUGUUGGACACACCAUCGGUCAUGCAGUCACUGGAAUGUUCAGCGGUGGCUCUAGUGAAUCAGCAGUUGCACCAGCUGCAGCUCCUGUUCAAGCUCAGAGCUCACCAAUGCCUUCACCAGCAGGCGGUGCUUGUUCCUGGGAAGUUAAACAAUUCUUAGAAUGCGCUUCAAAUCAAUCUGAUCUUUCUCUUUGCGAGGGCUUCAAUGAAGCUCUUCGUCAAUGCAAAUCAGCUAACAAUAUGAUCUAAUCUGGAUCUAAAUUAUAUAUCGGCAGUAUGAAUAUAAUAAUAAUUAUUUAGAAAUAUUAUUUAGAAGAAAUUUUUUCAUAUUCUGUUUUAUCGAUCAUUGGAAAUAUAAUUCAAUAUUAUAUAAAAUAUUUGUGUAAUUUGCCUAUACGUUUUAUCUGUUAUUUAUGGAAUAAAACAAAAUUAGUGUUACAUAGUAUAUUUAUAGUCACAAAUUAGAAACGAAUUAUAAAGAAAUAAAAUAAGUUCUGUCAUAAUAUGUUUUUUUUUUAAAUGUCUUUUACGAUAUAUAACUUUUAAGUUUCCAUGUACAUGUAUGACUAUUGUCAAUAAAUAAAACAUCCUAAUAGAGCCGA